GCCGCGCCCUCAUCUUGAGGGCGGGACUUCCUCCCAGGGCCCCCGUCGUUUCCGACGUCGUCCGGAAGUAGGGUGCCGGUCCGGUAAGUACGGGGUCGUUUGGUCCCCUUGCACCGCCCGCGUACCUGCCCUUCCUCCGGGGACGCCCGGGCAUCGCCGCCGGCCCCCAACGAAGUGCACGACAGGGAUCCCGUCGUCCUCGUCUCGUGUCUCUGCCGAGUUUAUCUGUCCCGCACGGGCCCGCGUGCAGCCCAUGGCGGGGGCCGCCCCGACCACGGCCUUUGGGCAGGCGGUGAUCGGCCCGCCCGGCUCGGGGAAGACCACGUACUGCCUGGGCAUGAGUGAGUUCCUGCGCGCGCUGGGCCGGCGCGUGGCAGUGGUGAACCUGGACCCGGCCAACGAGGGGCUGCCGUACGAGUGCGCCGUGGACGUGAGCGAGCUGGUGGGGCUAGGUGACGUGAUGGACGCGCUGAGGCUGGGGCCCAACGGCGGCCUGCUGUACUGCAUGGAGUAUCUGGAGGCCAACCUGGACUGGCUGCGUGCCAAGCUAGAGCCCCUCCGCGGCCACUACUUCCUCUUCGACUGCCCGGGCCAGGUGGAGCUCUGCACCCACCACGGCGCCCUGCGCAGCAUCUUCUCCCAGAUGGCUCAGUGGGACCUCAGGCUGACUGCUGUCCACCUGGUAGAUUCUCAUUACUGCACAGACCCGGCCAAGUUCAUUUCCGUACUGUGUACCUCUCUGGCCACCAUGCUGCAUGUGGAGCUGCCCCAUGUCAACCUCCUCUCCAAGAUGGACCUCAUUGAGCACUAUGGGAAGCUGGCUUUCAACCUGGACUACUACACAGAGGUCCUGGACCUGUCCUACCUGCUCGACCACCUGGCUUCUGACCCUUUCUUCCGCCACUACCGUCAGCUCAAUGAGAAACUGGUGCAGCUCAUUGAAGACUACAGUCUGGUCUCCUUCAUCCCUCUCAACAUUCAGGACAAGGAGAGUAUCCAGCGGGUCCUGCAGGCUGUGGAUAAAGCCAAUGGCUACUGCUUCGGGGUCCAAGAACAGCGAAGCCUGGAGGCCAUGAUGUCUGCUGCCAUGGGAGCUGACUUCCAUUUCUCCUCUACCCUGGGCGUCCAGGAGAAGUACCUGGCACCCUCAGACCAGUCAGUGGAGCAGGAAGCCAUGCAGCUGUAGCAGCAAGCUGGGGAAUGAGAGGCAUAACCCAGCACCGGAGGACGUGGCAGCCCCCAGUGACGGCAGCCAGCUCAGCGGACUGCGGAUCCAAGAGCAGGCUUCCCAGCCAGAGCGGAGCACCCACCACCCGCUCAGCGGUCAUGAGCUCCAGGUGCUGGUGCCAGGAAUUGGGUGCUGGCGCCACUUGGGCUAUGAUGGAAUAUGCUACAAAUAUCGGAGUUUAUUUUCUACUUUUCGUGACUUCUAAACUUUCUCCAGCCAUCCAGGCCCAGAGAGUUGAGGCAGAACAAGGGAAUGUCGCCUUUCCUCAGAAGAGUCCUGUUUCAUGACACGGGCACUGUGUUUCCCCCAAAGCAGGGACUGUGCCGGAGGACUGACAGUCUCCGGUUGUGCGAUUUUAUUUUGCUAAUUGUCGGUUUUAGCAGUGAGACUCAGGCUUGAGGUUUCACAGGCAACACUUCCUAGCAGAUCUGAGCAUUUUAUUUUCAUGGUAUUUAUUUUACAGUUUUAUUCCUUUUUGGUAAGUGUUAACUAGUUUUCCAUUUAUACGAGUGAUUAAAAGUUUACGUUGAAAUUGUUUAUAAAAAGUGAUCUAUUUAAAAAAAAUAUUAGGGGCGCCUGGGUGGCACAGCGGUUAAGCAUCUGCCUUUAGCUCAGGGCGUGAUCCCGGCGUUAUGGGAUCGAGCCCCACAUCAGGCUCUUCCGCUAUGAGCCUGCUUCUUCCUCUCCCACUCCCCCUGCUUGUGUUCUCUCUCUCGCUGGCUGUCUCUAUCUCUGUUGAAUGAAUAAAUAAAUAAAAUCUUUAAAAAAAUAUAUUAGGUAUAUAACAUGACAUCAUGAGUGAGGCAAGAAUGAAGAUGGCUUGAAGUUGGGAGAGGUGUUUGCUUUCGCUCUUCUUGCAACUGGUUGAAUGCAAUUCAUAUUUUCGACCAGUAGGUGGCAUCCCAGGCCUUUUUUUUUUUUUUUUUUGCAGCCACAGCCUGGAGGCAGCAGGGGACAGAUGGCAGUUGUGCCAGAAGUCUUAUUUGCAGACAGUUGGUCCUGUUAAUACAUGAGAAGGGCUUGGCAUUUUCCGAAGUGCUUCCACACACAUGCUUCUCAUGUGGCUCUCACAGCAACUCCUGGAGAUUGAGACACGACAAUAUUAUGAAGCCUCAUUUUACAGCGAGGAAACAGAUGAGGAGUUCAAACUUUGGUCAGCCUGGCUGUCUCAUUGUUCACUUCGCUGACUUCUUAAUUGUGACUACUUCGUGAUGAAAAGUCACAGCCCUCCUCCCACAGGAUCUGUAGCCCAUCAGGAGAAAGAAUUUAAACACCUGUGGAGUAUGACUGACUCAUCAACCAAGGGGACGAUAGGUCACUGGUGGUUUGGGCAAUUGGAGAAUUCAACUUAGGAAAACCUGUGCUGAAGUGGCAUUGAGAUGGGGGCGAUGGAGCUUUGCCUGCCAGUUCGGGGAGUCAGAGCAGAAGGCAGAAGAGUGAGGGGCGAUGAGGAGGCUCCUCCAGCUGGAUAAGUAUGAAAGCAGCGACUGCACUCCCACGCCUGGCCGUACAGGGGGUAAUAACCAGGUGCUGCUUCCCCAGCCUCUUUCAUCUGAGAAGUUCAAAGCACCACACCCCUAUUAACACCCUACAAUAGGUGGGGAGUAUCAACAGAGCAAGCCAGGGAAACUGAGGCCAGGAGGCACAGCUGGGGGACGGCUGAGUCACCAGUGGGGCCUGGAGCCGAGGAAUCCUGACGCCCAGGUUGUUGGACAAAUCCCACAUCAGGGUGGGAGGGUGGGUGCUGUUUUUGAACUUAGUCCCAAUAGCUGUGGUCAGGGUUUCUGACGCUCACCUGGUCACCCUGGUUCUCACCAAAGCAAACCAGCUGGAAGGAAGGUGUCAUUUGAACUUUAUGUUCUUGUAUCCAAGCCCUCUCAGCAUGUAUACUCUGCAGUUAUGGAAUGAGGGAAGAUGGAAGGCAUCCAAAACUUAAUUUCCAGGCCUUGGUGUGACAGCAAGGCUGUUUUCUCCUCCAGUAAAUGGAGCUCUGUUCACCUACUUAUGGCAAAAUGAUUCUCUGUUCCCCUGCAGUGGUGGGGCGGGGACAGCACAAUGCAGAAAAGAAGAGACACCUGGGCCUGUCCGUUCAGCAUGAAACGUGGGGUAUGAGAAAGCCCAUUCUCCGAUUUGGCUGGCAUGUGGCAACUAUUCUUGAGAUUUCUUUUUUCUUUUUUUUUUUCUCUCCUGAUAGAAAAGUAAAAAAUUUGGAAAAUGAAAAGAAGUCACCCAUAAUCCCAUAACAUAUGAAUAAUCAAAAAUAUUUGUAAUCUACAAUAAAUUUUCUAUUCAAA